AUGUCGAAUGAAAAGACAACGGGGCAGGGUGCAGUUCCUACCACGCGACCUCCGCAGAAGACAUUCCUUGGCCAGACCAAGGGAGAAUGGUACAUCUACUGGAUCUGCGCGGUGGCGUCGAUAGCGAACAUAGAAUUACCCAGAUUCCAGGGUUUCGAUUCCGGUAUCUACUCUAUCAUCAUCUCUGACCAGCGGUUCAUCGACUAUUUCCACGUUGAUGGCGCGCGUUCGGGCGUGGUGGCCAGCAUGGUCAACCUGGGCAAUGUCCUCGGCAACCUCUGCGUCGCCUGGUGGUUUAUCUGGUUCCUGGGUCGGCGCUACGCCUUUGCUCUGGGAACGCUCGUCCUGCUCGUCGGCGUUGCGUUGCAGGCGGGAGCGACUCGGUUCUCCAUGAUUGUCGUCGGCCGCAUUAUAUCUGGAAUUGGGACGGCAAUUAUCGGCACCAACCUCGCCGCUUACCAGGCCGAAGUCUCCUCUCCGGCCAUCCGCGGCCGUGUCGUCUCCUUUGUGCAGCUAUCCUACCAAGUUGGCGUGCUGAUCUCGUACUGUGUCGGGCUGGGGACGGUGAAGAUUUCCGGAAAUAAUGCCUGGCGAACGGCCACGGCACUGCAGGUCGUCCCCGGUGUCAUCCUGAUCCUCGCUUCCUUCACCAUUCCGGAGUCGCCUCGUUGGCUGUUGGAGCGAUAUCCCAACACACCGGAGCGGGCCCUCAAGGAGCUGUCCAAGAUCCGCAAGCUGCCCGAAAACGACGAAUCGGUGCAGGAGGAGUACCUCGAGUUGGUUGCGUCGUAUCAGUAUCGCGUCCAGCACGAGGGCGAGUACAGCUGGUGGACCUUCCUUUCGAAAUACGCCAUGUGGAAACGCAUCGCGUACGGCAUGGCGACGAUGGCUCUGGGGCAGAUUUCUGGUGUGGGCGCGCUGAUGCUAUAUGGAGUGUUGAUCUUCAAGGGGCUGGGCUUCUCGACAGAGACAUUGUCAUUGCUCCUGAAUGUUGUGUCUGGUAUUCUCUGCUUGGCGGCAACGUCCAUCACCACCGGGGGUGUCGACAAAUGGGGUCGGAGAAUUACCUUGAUCGUGGGCUCGUCUAUUAUGGUAGAGACCUUCUUGGAACACCAUGAAAACAGCAAGCUAAUUUGUGGAAUACAGGUGAUCAGUUACAUCAUCAUCGGCGCGUUGGCUGACGCGUAUCCCACGGAGACCCAUUUCAAUCGCGCAGCGGCCAUCGUACAGGUGAUCUUCAUCUAUGUUAUCGAAAUGGCCUACAGCGGUGCCCUCGGCCCCUGCGCCUGGAUCUACGCCAGCGAGAUCUUCCCCACGCAAGUGCGCGACAAGGGCGUGAACAUCUCCCAAGCCGGACAGCAGAUGACGACGCUGUGGAUCAACCAGGCGUGGCCGGUCAUGUUCGACAACGUCGGCCACGACGCGUACUGGAUCCUGAUGGCCAUCAACCUGGUGGGUCUUGCGGUCGUUUUGCUCUUCUGGCCCGAAACCAAGGGCAUCAGUCUCGAGCACAUGGACAAGCUGUUUGGCGAAGUCGACAAGGUGGAUGCGUUCAAGGUCGAGAAUCGCGUGACGACGGUGGAGGACAUUUUUGAGAAGAAGGAAGGCAAGGAGACGCAGGCGAACGACAAGGCGGCGACGACACAUGAGGAGAAUGUUUAG